AUGGAUUUAAAAAGGUCCUUCUUAUCAGGAUUUAUUGGAGGCGCAUCAUUAGCUUUUCUAGGAUUAAAAUUACAUCAAUAUAUGAAAUAACAAAAGAGCCAUGUAUAAAAGAAAAAUUAUUCUUCAGAAGAUGAGGAGCAACUUUUAUAAGAAUAAUUAGUAAGGAAUAUUUAAUUUUUUGGUGAAUCACAAACAAAAAUUGAAAAUGCCCAUAUAAUGGUUUUUGGUGUUGGUGGAGUAGGAAGUCACGUAGUUUCUGCCAUAUCUCGAUCAGGAGUUAAAAGGAUUACAAUUAUUGAUUUUGAUAGAGUUACUCUAUCAUCUUUAAACAGGCAUGCCAUAGCUACUAGAAAAGAUGUUGGUAAAUCUAAAGUUGAGAUAUUUUCUGAUUUUAUUGCAUAAUUAAAUCCAACUAUUAAAUUAACAACCGUUGAAUCUUACAUCACACCUGAAAAUGUUGCAAGCUUUUUUUUAGAAGGCAAACCUGAUUAUGUAAUAGAUUGCAUAGACAAUAUUGAUGCAAAAAUUGCGUUAAUUACUCAUUGUGUUUAAAAUUAAAUCAAAAUUAUUGUUUGCUGUGGAGCUGGAAUGAAAUGUGAUCCAACAAGAUUGUAGAUAAGAGAUAUUAGUGAAUCAUAAAAUGAUGAUUUAGCAAGAGCAAUAAGAAUGAGGCUCAAAAAAAUAGAUAUACGAACUGGAUUCAAUGUUGUUUAUUCAACUGAAGAUACAGAUAGAUAAUUAUUACCAUUAUAAGAGUAUUUUUAUUUAUGAUUAUUAAUAGACAUUAAAAACAUGAUCCUGACAAAUAUAGAGUCAUGCCUAAUUAUAGGCUAAGAAUUGUACCUGUUUUUGGAUGUAUGCCAGCAUUAUUUGCCUACUCAUUAGCUGCAUAUGUCUUAUGUGAUAUUGCUGGUUGUGCACCAACCACUCUAUGCUAAAAUGAUAUCAAAAUGCCUUAUUUUAUUCAAUAGAUUUAAUUGCUAGCUCAGCAAGCUAAAAAAAACAAAGUAGACCUAAAUUUAGAUAUAGAGGAUCUAGUUGUUAUUUAUAAAGCAUAUAAUGGUUAAUGCUUAGUGAAAAGUAUAAUUGUAUUACUAAUUCAAAGAUAAAAAAGCAAGACCUUUAGAAUUUAUACAAUUUAUUAAAGAGCAGGAUAUUACCCCAAAUAAUGUAAUUCUUCUUUCAACUGAUGAAGCUAAGAAACACAAAGAAGGAAAAAAUAUAUAUACACAAAUAAUGUUGGAUAGAAAACAACAAUAUGACCAAUUAAUCUAAGAAAAUUUAGGAAAAAGAAUUGUUAUUUGA